CUAAACUUGAUAGGGAGGACCGUGUAUUCGAUCUCCCGCAAUAACAAUUGAGAGGUGACUAAAACUUAACCACUCAAAACUAAUUCCCGAAUCCGGAUUACCCUAAACCUAAUACUGAGUUUCAUUAGAAAAUCGCUUAGAGAGUAUCCUCUAUUAUACUUACCUUGCUUGAUCAAAAUCCUCAAAAGUCAAAACCUUUAUAUUUUUUUUUUUAAGGCAGUCAAAACCUUUAUAUAAACCUUAAUAAGUUUAGCUUUUAUUAUCACAAACUUCACAAAUAUAAUACUGUACUUAAAAACUCCUUUUAAUCAAGUCAGAAUGAUGGAGAUUGUGAACACCCCUCCUGCAGUUGACGCCCUUGAUGGACCAGAUGCUCUUAUGGAUGCAUGGUCUUCUUUAAAGGUGUCGUACACCCCUCACAGUCCAUAUAAGGCUAUGGCACAGCACUGUGCUUAUGGUGUUCAUAUGAACUUCUUUGCUCGUAAAAAAGACGGUGAUUCUUCUCCAGUGCUGUUUUAUGACGAUCUGUUAUCUUCUCCUGCAUAUGAAGAAGAUGAGAUUGAGUGUUGUAUCCUGAAUCCUAGUCCGAUUUCUUUUGAUGAAUUUCGCCCCAAUGGUGUUGGUGUUGGUUCAUCGGUUUAUCAUCCUCCAUACGUAAUAAGAUGUGGGUAUUGCGAGGAUAUGGAUAAGGUGAUGGCUAAGUAUGAACUUGACAGCGAUGAUAGUGAUGAUGGUAUUGAUAUGUUCUGAUCUAGGAGUAUCAUUUACAUCUAAGUUUGCUGAUCAUAUGUUAGUGUUGUGAGGAUCUAGUACCUAUGUAAUGAAUCAUUCACCUCUGUGAUGCCCAAAACUUUUGUAGCGUUUGUUUCUGAGUUUGCAAAGAAUGACUGACUGCUAUGUUACAUAACAUCUAA